AUGGAGGCGAUGCUCACCGCUUUGCGAAAGAGACACGCGGAACUCAAAUCCCAGAACGAUCGGAACGUGCGAUUGGGCGUGGCCAUGGAGAAUCUGCUGAGGCCUGUGGAGGAUGGCAUUCGUAUCGAGCGGGAGAGGGAAGCCGCCGAGCUUGCGUCGAGGAGGAUGGACUUUGGCUUCAGGGCCGAGGCGGGGAAGGGCGAUGAGGACGUUGGCACCGUGGGACAGAAGUCGAAAUAG